AUGAGGCAGUUGACGUUCAUAUCAGCCCUCGCUGCCGUAGCAAGCUGCUACAAGACGCAUCUGGAUACAGCCUCACGGCUUCAUUCCCGAGCAGUUGAUUCGGAAACUUCAACAGAAACAGCCGCUUCACUCACCAUUGACAUUGUAACCGACACCGUGACGCAGUUGGAUCCGUGGCCCACCAACCUAGAAUCUCUCGGAUCGCCCUUGGACGUCAUCACCGUGACCAUCACUCCAACCGACGCCAUCACAACCAUCACCGCCUCCCCCACUCCCGUCGUAGACACCAACGCCGCCCUGAUCAGCGCCCAGAAUGACUACAUCGCCAGGCACCAGGACGACGGCUGGAAGAUCGCCGUCAUCGUCGUCUGCACCGUCGGCGUCUUCAUCAUGCUCACCCUCUUCAUCGUCGCGACGAGGAACCAUCACAAACCUGGCAGAAACGGGAAUAGCAGCGGCGACGAGGAAUGCAGCAGGGCAACAUUCUCCUUUGGCGGUCGCCGCAGCAACAAGAACGGAGAUGAUUCCACCAGCCGGGCCCUGACGCCGUUCCAGCGCCGCCGCCACCCCGGACAGGUCGCAGAGGACCACAAGGGUUGGGAGCUCAAGAACCUCUGGUCCGCAAAGAGCAGCAGCGACCCCAGCUCGGGCGUCAUUCUCGACCUGCCUCCUCUGGCGGUGCGGCGCACACGCGGCACCACCGUCCUGUCCGACACCGACACCAUCUCCCCGCUCAACCCUAAGCAGCAGCAUCGCGGCAUCCAAGCCUCGACCACCGCCUCGACCGACGCGACGGUCGUGCCCUCGGGCACGCAGACCACCAUCAUGGCGGCCUCCGAGGACGAGGACGACAGCUGCACAUUCCGCGGCGCGAGCAGCAGCCCUGCGUCGGCGGCCAAGCCGGCGGGGAUGUCGACGCUGGCCCAUGACAACUUCAAAGACUUUGUGUUCCGGGGCGCGACGAUGGCUACCGCAGACGCGGCCGAGGACACCAAGCAAAACAAUGACGCCUCCAUCCUGGCCGACGAGAGCCUGUACAACGAGCAGGGCUUCUACAUCUCGCCGCGCAACCCGCGCACCCAACCCGCGCCGUCGUACCAGGCGCGCAACCCGGCCCGCGUCUCCCCCAGCAGCGGCGGCGUCAAGCGGCCCGGCGCGGCUGCUGGAGAAUUUGUCUUCUCCAAUGACGAGCUGGAGCAGAUCCCGGAGCCACCGGCCGCCAAGAGAGCUCGACGGUCAAACGAGGAGCAUGCCCAGGGCAGUACGGAUCUGCCGCAGGCCCGAAGCCAAAGAAAUUCGACGCAGCAGCAGCAGGCCGGGAACAAGAGCAGUAUUGACGUUGAUCGAGCCAGCCGCGCCUCGGCUGGACAAUCGUUGCGGUCCCAGCCGUCGCGCGCCCCGACUCCCUGCCCCGGCUGCCUUGUUCCUGACCGCAUGGCUCCCCAGAGGCUUUCAGAUGAGCAUGCCGCUCUUGUUGCGUCGAGUUCGCGCCCUGCUACUGCGACUGGGCUGCAUGUGGCUCAGGCUGAGGCUCCCAGGCCUGCGCGUCAUCGUAUGACGCUGGACUGA